ACAAUUUUUUGGAGCUGUAAAAAAAGAAACAGAAAAAGCCUGUGCUGCCGAUUUCGAUUCAUAUAAUUAGAAACAAGAAAGACCUACGGGAACAACAGUUUCGACAUCAAUGGCUACACCUUUAGGAGUCUUUCUCUCUCUCUUUCUUGUGGGCUUCACUUGCUUUUUCUUGUACCUCUACAAUCUCUUCUGGUGGAAGCCGCUUUGGCUCAGAAAGAAGCUUAAGCAUCAGGGAAUCAAUGGCCCUGCGCCAUCCUUUUUCCUCGGUAACAUACCGGACAUUAAGAAGAUUCAACUAGAAAUGCAAGCCACGAAGAAUCAACAGAGCAUCGGCAAUCGCGUUUCACACGAUUACAUGUGCUGCCUAUUUCCCCACAUUGAGAAAUGGAGAGCUGACUUUGGUCCCGUGUUUGCCUUCACCCUGGGGAACAUGGUGAUUGUCUGCAUAUGCGACUUUGACAUAGUGAGGGAGUUUUGUCAGUGCAAGUCUGCUGAAUUCGGAAGGUCUGCGUACCUGAGAGACAACAGGGGAAUUCUGUUGGGUUAUGACAGCAUCAUCACUUCGAAAGGAAAAUCCUGGGCGCUCCAGAGAAAAGUCAUUGCGCCUGAAUUCUUCAAUGAUAAAAUAAAGGGAAUGGUGGACAUGAUGGUUGAAUCCGCUGUCUCUGUCUUGGAAAAGUGGGGAUCCCAAAUGGAGGAAGUGGGGGGAGUUGCUUCAAUACGGGUCGACGAGGAUUUAAAAAGCCUAUCUGCCGAAAUGAUUUCAAAAGCAUGUUUUGGGAGCAAUUAUCUUAUUGGCAAUGAAAUUUUUUCAAAGAUGUUGGUUCUUCAGGAUUUGCUAAGCAAGCAGAAUGCUUUUGUUGGUCUUCCCGGGGUAAGGCAUAUUCCUACAAAGAUUGCUCGUGACAUUAGGAGGAUAGGAAAAGAAGUUGACCAAUCUGUUCUAAAGCUGAUGGAUGACAAUUACAAUGCCGAGAAACCGAGCUUCUUACAGGCCUUAGUCAACAAUUUUGGCAGUGGAUCGAGUGUCAUCAUAGACAAUUGCAAGGGAAUGUUCUUUGGUGGACAUGAAACAACUGCCAGUGGCGCUACCUUCGCUUUAGUACUUUUAGCACACCAUCCUGAGUGGCAGGAGCACGUGCGUGCUGAGGUGGUAGAGAUCCUUGGAAAUCAAGCGCCGAAUAUGGAUAGGCUGCACAAAAUGAAAUUGCUAAAUAUGGUGAUUUACGAAACACUGCGCCUAUAUUCUCCUGGACCAUUCUUGACAAGAGAAACAUCCGAGGAAAUGAAGUUUGGGGAGUUUGCAAUUCCUAAGGGCGUCAACAUCUGGAUCCCAAUCUCGCUGUUGCAUCAGGAUCCGGCCAACUGGGGCGACAAUGCCCACGAGUUCCAUCCAGAAAGGUUUGCAAAUGGCAUUUCUUCAGCGUGCAAGCUUCCGAAUCUGUUCAUGCCUUUUGGGACAGGGAUACGAACUUGUGUUGGCCAGAACUUCGCGAUGACAGAACUUAAGAUAUUUCUGUCUCUUUUGCUGUCUAAGUUCACUUUCUCUUUAUCCCCAGAAUACAAACACUUGCUGACUUAUAAGCUGUUUUUUAAGCCUGAACACGGGGUACAACUGAAGAUGGAGAAGACCUGAAAUUGUCCUUGUGUUGAAUGUUUGGUCUGUUGCAUUGGAAGCUGUACCACAAAGCAUAGUCAAUAUAAUUGUAGCGUCAUGUACUCUUGUGUGUGGUGGUCAGUGGGGCAUACUUCUGUAUAAAAGCUAAGCUUAGUAACUGAACAGCUCUUGGUUUACCGUGGAUAUCAAUAAAUUUUACGGGUGGCUGUUCUUUGAAUGCA